AUGAAGGCAACCUUUGCAGCCGUUUGCUUCCUAGCUACAGUGGUGUGCACUAUUGCGGUGCUGCCUGAGAAAAUCUGCAGAGCACCACACCCUGAGCCAGUCUGCGCCCCUGAUGCCCCGAUUAAAUCAAUAUUCUACUUUAACGACCGCACCCACCAAUGCGAGAAAUACACUGGAUGUGGAGGGGGUCUCAAUGACUUUGAGUCCCUACGUUCCUGCAAGGAUGCCUGUCCUUACGGUAAAAACAAGCCGAGGUCACCGAAGAACUCAAAGUCUGCUCGCCAAUGA